CCCUCCCCGCCGGGCCGCGCCGCAGCCCGCGGGCGCGGCCAGGAGGCGGCGGGGCCGCGGCUGCCCCGGCUCCCCGCCCGCCUGCCAGGCGCGGUGCGGGACUCUCCGCGGCGCUCCGUCCCCCCUCCGGCGAGAUGUUAUGGCCGAGCCGGCGCAGAAGGGCGGUGUAGGGCAGGGCGGGCGGCGGGAGGAGGAGGAUGAGGAGGCGGCGGCGGCGGCCGCGGCCGCCCCCCCCGCCAGCUACGAGGACUACGAGUGCAAGAUCUGCUACAACUACUUCGACCUGGAGCGGCGGGCGCCCAAGCUGCUGGAGUGCCUGCACACCUUCUGCCAGGAGUGCCUGAGCCAGCUGCACCUGCGGGCCGCCCAGCAGCCCCCAGCCGCCGCCGGCGCCGCCGCCGAGCCGGGGCCCGGCCGGCCGGGCUCCCUGGCCUGCCCCCUCUGCCGCCACCGCACGGCGCUGCCCGACCACCGCGUCCACGGCCUCCCGGUCAACACCAAGCUGGCCGCCGCCUGCCCGCCGCAGCUGCGGGCCCGCGACCCGCUGCCCCAGGACCGCCUGCCGCCGCUGCCGCCCCGCCGCCCGCCCCGCGCCCGGGAGGCGGCGGCCGCCCUCGCCCCUCCGCCCUCCCCCGCCGGGCCGCGCUCCUCGGGCGGCGGCUACGAGAGCUGCCAGAGCUGCAAGCGGGCGGCGCUGAGCGCCGGCUGCGUGUGCGUCGUCGUCUCCUUCCUCUCCAUGGUGGUGCUGCUCUUCACCGGCCUCAUCUUCGUCAACCAGUACGGCGGCGACGGCGGGCCCGGCGCCUCGGCCUCGCCGUCGCCGGUGGGGCCCAUCUGCCUGUCGGUGGCCAGCAUCCUCGCCCUCUUCUCCGUCGUCGUCACAUGGCUCAUCUGCUGGCUCAAGUACCGGCCCGAGGCGGCGACCGGCGGGGCCGCCGCCAACGCCACCCCGCGGGGCCGGGCGGCGGCCGCCCGCAGGAGCGACACGUAGCGCCGGCGGGGCCGAGGGAGGUCGGGGGCCGUGACGCGGGAGCGCGGCCCGGCGCCGUGCGGGGCCGUGAGGGAGCAGCGGGCCGGCCCCCUCCCGGCCGGCAGAGUGAGAGAAGCCCACAUUAAAAUACGGACGUUCAGCAUCACUGCAAAAGUGGAAUGCAGUAGCAUAAUUUGUGUAUUAAACAUUUACCUUCGGCUGAGGUAGCUAUAAUGAGAUGGUGAUUUUCCCUCUUGGUAAGUUUCUCUUCUGUGUCAAGAGUUUUUUUGUAAAGGCCAGUAGAAAACGUUUUUGUUUUGUGAGGUUGGAACAUCAAAGAUGUCUUUGAAAUGUGACAAGAUGCUCAUUAUAUGACAUGGAAAAACAUUGCCAUACAGCUGGUUUUGUAGUAUAUUAAGGAGAGCACUCUAUAUAGAUACUGUUCUAUGUUGCAGGAUAAUUCAUUUGGUGCCUGAAUUUUUUUAACUUAAUUAGUUGUUAUAAUCUACUCUAUUGGGAAUAAGAUAAUGCUGCUUAUUCCGUGUUUCUACACAGUACUGUAAUGGAAUGAGGUAAUUAUUUUCGUGCUUAAAAAUUCCAGAAUUUUACAAGUGAUCUUUUAGUAUGUGUAUUUUGCAAGCUGUCUGCAUGAUAUUCUGACAAGUAUCCUCUUAAUAGACCUUUACUUGACCACUUCUAUUUAUCACAAGUGCAAAGGAAUUUACUAUGUAGAACUGUAAAGACAGCAGGUGAAGAUGUGUGAUGUGUUUUAUGACUGCACAAGUGAUGUGUACUGUGCAUUGCCUCGAUUAUCACAAAUCUGUGAAAAACAACCCCCUGGCCCCCAAAAAACCCCACAAACCCAAGCGAGCGGUGUUUAUACAAGACUCUGUUACGAUGGACACAGUUUGUGGAAACAAUAUAUGAUUUUUGUGUCACUUAUGUCUAUUUAAAAAGAUCCGCACCAGCCUUUUAAAGUGGUAUAUCAUAAUAUAAAGGCCCUGAGGAGAUAAAUUACUGGGAUCAACUGUGGCUCUGACCGUGGUUCGUGUAUUUAGACCAGUGUUUUCAAACUUGGAGUUGCUCGUUAGCCAUGUAAAAGGUGUAUGCCUCCUAAAAUCAGGCCUGACUAUUAGCCCCCGUUGACUUCAGCAGUAGUUGUGGAUGUUCUGCACCAAAGAAAAUCACGAGACUUUUAUUUAAGCAUCUAAAUGAGAAUUUAGAUGGUUGACUUCAGGUACAAACAUUUGAAAAUUUUGGCCUUAACCUCUCUGUUCUUCAGUUAAUGCAUCUGUAAAGUUUGAUAAUAGCGUUGACCUACCUCACAGGCAAGAUGUGAGGCUUUAUUAAAGUUUUUAAGCAAUUGGAGAUCCUUGAAGAGGAGGUGCUAUAGAAGUGAAAGUAUUAUUAUAAAUGAUACUGUCGUAAGGAUAAAUAUAUGUAAAUUAAUGGACAUACACAGCAGCAAUGUUUUCUAAGAAAAAUAAAUAUAUAAAAUA